AUGCUUGCCGCCGGCGCCUCCGUGGUCGAGAAACGCCGUCUGCCAGCUGCGCGAGCGUCUAUCUCGUCCUACCUGGCCAGCGCCCAGGACGCAGCCCAGACGGUCUAUACAAAGGCCGUCGAACCUCUGCUGCGGCGCAAGAGCAUCGCAGCCCCCGAGGGUGGCCGACGUGUCCCCCUGAGCAUCGAGCACGCCGAGCCGCUCAUCGACACCCGCCGCGGCCGCGCGUACAUUUCAAACGACAUUCGCACCUCGCGCUACACCUUUUGGAAUUUCAUCCCCAAGCAGCUCUUUUUCCAAUUCUCCCGCAUCGGCAACUUUUACUUUCUCUGCGUCGGCAUUCCUCAAACGAUUCCUGGCCUGUCCACUACUGGAACGUUUACCACCAUCCUGCCCCUGCUCUUCUUUGUCCUGCUCACCAUUGUCAAGGAGGGCUACGACGACUAUAGGAGAAGCCGUCUCGACAGUAUUGAAAACGCCAACUUCACCACGACUUUGGGGCGCAAGAACCACUACACCAGGAAGGCUGAGCCGUCUCCCUGGGCCCUGAAAUGGAACCCGUUCCGCAUCACGGCCGCCGCGCUGCCUCCGAUCCUGCCAGAAGACGCCUACGACGGCAUUACAUGGGUCCCCAGCCGCUGGAGAAACCUCAAGGUUGGAGAUAUUGUCCGGCUGAACCGCGACGACCCGGUACCCGCCGACAUUGUGCUCCUUUGGACCACUGAUGAGAAUGAUGUGGCCUACAUUGACACCAUGGCCCUCGACGGUGAGACCAAUCUCAAGGGCAAGCAGCUGUCCUCGGCGCUGAGCGGCUGUGGCACCAUUGAGGGCAUUGCCAACUGCAAAGCCAGCUUCUUCGUCGAGGACCCAAACCCGCAGCUCUUCAAUUUUGAAGGAUCCGUAUCGGUCGACGGCAAACCUGUGCCCCUCACGCUCAAUGAAGUCAUUUAUCGGGGCAGCAUCGUGCGAAACACGGCAGCCAUUGUCGGCAUAGUCAUCAACACGGGAGAGGAAUGCAAGAUUCGUAUGAACUCGAACCAGAACCCAUCUGCUAAGAAACCCGCCCUCGAGAGGAUUGUCAACUGCGUCGUCGUUACCCUUGCCACUUACGUGGUUAUCGUGUCAGUCGGCGUCUCCAUGGGCUACCUCAAAUGGCAACACAGCUAUGAAGAAAAAGCUUGGUAUCUCCAAAAUGCCCCCGUCCCCUUUUACCAAAUCAUUAUUGCCUUCAUCAUCAUGUUCAACAAUGUCGUCCCACUUGCCUUGUAUAUAUCCUUGGAAAUCGUCAAAGUCGGACAGCUGUUGCUCCUCAAUUCCGACGUCGGCAUGUACGACGAAGAGACCGACACACCCGCCAGAUGCAACACCAACACCAUAUUGGAAAACCUCGGUCAAGUUGGCUACAUAUUUUCCGACAAGACGGGGACGCUUACGGACAACAUCAUGAAGUUUCGCAAAAUCAGCGUCGCGGGAACUGUGUGGUUGCACGAAAUGGACCUCUAUGACGAGGGGAAUACAACUACCAGCCUGGAGGGCUCGAGCACAGAGCAUUCGCUAUACAAGUCUGACCCGGUUCCUACCUUGCCGCUUAGCCCAGGCUACGUGAACAAGCCUCUUUCACCGCGCAUGUCCAUGGGAGCUCGCCCAUCCAUGAGCGGCCGGCGUUCGUCCUCACACUGGCGCUCGACCGGACGCCCCGAUCACGUCCAGCCAGAGGUAAACACGAGCGACUUACUGAACUACAUUCAGCUCCGGCCACAUUCUGCCUUUGCCAGGAAAGCCAAGCAAUACAUUUUGGCCAUGGCGCUAUGCCAUACGUGUCUGCCCGAGUAUAUCAAUGGCAAGAUUGAAUUCCAAGCCUCGUCUCCGGACGAAUUGGCGCUCGUCCGCGCCGCUCAAGAAAUGGGCUUCUUGGUGGCUCAACGAACGGCAAAACAAGUUACGGUUGAGAUGACACAGGCUAACGGCCAACUCAAGAGAGAGACCUUUGAAAUUCUCGACAUUAUCGAAUUUAGCAGCAACCGAAAGCGCAUGUCUAUUGUGCUUCGCCGCCACGACGGCCGCAUCACCGUCAUCUGCAAGGGAGCAGAUUCCGUCAUACUUCCCCGCCUGAAGCAGUCGUCACUCGCUAUGCAAAAGGCCACCGAAAUCCGCGCCAGCGCCGAUCUUGAGCACGAAAUGCAGCGUCAGAGCGAACAGCACCAGCCGAGAAACAGCUUCGGAGGCAGGCCCAGUCUGACUGUCCGACACAACACUAAUAACAUUGUCAAGCCGGAAUCGACCAUACGGCGCUUAGUGUUGCAUCGCAGCAAAUCUUUCGAGCUCAGAAAAGGCGCGAGCAGCUUUGAGGACGGCACACGCGCGGGAUCUUCCACGCGAGGCUUAUCCAUGGACAUUAACCGCGGUCACGUCCGCACGAGCGUGAAUACGCACGCCCAGCUACCGGAGAAACUGAAAUUUCUCGACGACCCCAGCAUCCACGACGACUCUGAAGUCUUCUCCAAGUGCUUCAAACACAUCGACGACUUUGCCACGGAAGGACUCCGAACGCUACUUUUUGCACAAAAAGACAUUUCCGAACAGGAUUACCGCACGUGGAAAAAGGUGUACGAGGAUGCGACGACAAGCCUUGUGAAUCGAGAGGAGGUGAUAGAGUCCGCCGGCGACAUGCUUGAGCAAGCAUUGUCUCUAGUUGGAGCCAGUGCCAUUGAAGACAAGCUACAGAAGGGCGUCCCCGAGACGAUUGAGAAGCUCCGUCGAGCCAACAUCAAGAUCUGGAUGCUCACUGGCGAUAAACGAGAGACUGCAAUCAACAUUGCUCACUCGGCACGACUUAUCCGCCCCGGCUCGGACAUUUACAUUUUAGACGUUGCCAAGGGCGCCCUCGAAUUCCAGCUCAUGGCCCUUACUGAGGACCUACAGGCCGGCGCUCUCCACAGCGUCGUGGUUAUUGACGGGCACACGCUCGGCGUCGCCGAAAAGUCGCCGACCCUGUCAGAACUGUUUUUCGAGAUCAUGCUCAAGGUUGACACGGUCAUUUGCUGCCGCGCCUCGCCCGCGCAAAAGGCACUGCUCGUGGACACUGUGCGCAACCGCCUCAGCAAGUUUAGCCUCACGCGCCGCAACGGCCUGACCCUAGCCAUUGGUGACGGCGCCAACGACCUCGCCAUGAUCCAGGCCAGUCAUGUGGGUAUUGGCAUCUCGGGCCGUGAGGGCCUGCAGGCGGCGCGCGUUGCCGACUACUCAAUUGCGCAAUUCCGCUUUCUGCAGCGGCUACUGCUCGUCCACGGGCGCUGGAACUAUUUGCGCACCGCCAAGUUUAUCCUGUGCACAUUUUGGAAGGAGAUGUUUUUCUACCUGCCGCAGGCCAUCUACCAGCGAUACAAUGGCUACACGGGGACAUCACUGUACGAGGCUACUAGCCUGACGGUCUUCAACACCCUGUUUACUAGUCUGUGCACGAUUUGCAUGGGCAUCUGGGAGCAGGACUUGCGCGCGGAGACGCUGCUGGCUAUUCCAGAGCUGUACGUGUACGGCCAGCGCGACAUGGGCCUUAACGCGUGGAAAUACGGCCGCUGGAUGCUGCUCGCGGCGGUUGAGGGCGUUAUGGCGUGGUACGGCGUGUGGGCCGGCUACGGCUGGGUGUCGCCGGGCGCCAAAGACGAGGGCUUGUACGCGCUCGGCACGCUCAUGUUUACCACGGGCGUGCUGUGGAUCAACUGGAAGCUGUUUCUCUUCGAGACGCACUACAAGUCGGUCAUUGUCAUGGGGUCCUUCUUCGUCACUACCAUCGGCUGGUUCGCGUGGCUGUCGUUUCUCGACUUUAUCUUUGCGGCGUCCCCGUCGGGCCCGUACGACAUCAAGUUCAGCUUCCGGAACAAGUGGGGACCGGACGCUGCCUGGUGGGCGACGCUGUUUGCCGUGCUCGGCGUACUGGGUCUGAUGGAGCUCACGCUCAAGGUGGUCAAGCGGCAUCUUGUUCUUGCUGGCGUGUGGAAGUGGCCGCCGUGGCGAAGGCCCGGGCUGAGUGAGAAUGUGGAGGAGUGGGAUCUGGAGCUGUGGCAGGAGUUGGAGCAGGACCCGACGGUGAGGCUGAACUUGAGGAUCCUGGCUCAGGAGUAUGAUGGGCAGGAGCUGCAGGGGGUAGAGGAAGAGGAAGAAGAAGAGAAGGAUAGGUUUUUGGGGGGGGUAGAGGAGACGAUAGAGGUGUAUGCGAGCCAUGAUGCUGAGGAAACAGUGGAUAGUAGCAGUACGAGAAAGAGGAUAAGAAGGUUUAUUUCUUAG